UGGGAAUCGGUGUAAAGUCCACUUUGGUUCUUGGGAGAAGGUGUGCAGGCCUAAACACCUAGGAGGUCUCGGGUUCAUGGAAGGAACUAAAUGGAACAUGGCUACCUUGGCUAAAUUCCUAUGGGCUAUUAUGGAGAAGCAUGAUGUUCUAUGGGUCAAAUGGGUUAAUGUUGUAUAUAUGAAAGGAGAUGACAUAUGGAACUACAAGCUUGGAGUGGAUACAAGCUGGUAUUGGAAGAAGCUUUGCCAUUUAAGGAAAGACUUCAAACAACAGCAGAUUAUGGCUGCAGGAAGGAAUGGCAAAUUCAUGGCAUCUUUUCUUUAUAAUAACAUGGUGUCUUGUGAGGAAGAUCAGUACUGCAAAGCUGUUUGGAACAGAUAUAAUAUCCCCAAGCACAGAUUUAUACUUUGGCAAACUGUACACACCCAACUCUUAACUAGAGAUCAGCUCGCAAUUUUUCACAUCAGCAUUUUAUCAUCAGAUUGUCCGGUGUGUGGGUUGGAAGCUGAAACUCAUCAGCAUUUAUUCUUUGAUUGCUGUUUUUCUAAACAGGUUGUGUAUGAGAUCUUUAGUUGGCUAGGCUUUCAGGCUUGGAACUUGCAGUUCACAAGCUGGAGAACUUUUUUGUCUAUAACAGAUAGCAGGUUCAAGGAUAAAGUGGUGGUCAUGCUGCUUGCUGCGGUUGUCUACUAUAUUUGGCUAAAUAGAAACAAAUGUACACAUGAUAAUAGCUCUUACACAAUUGGUCAUAUAGUUAAAGAGAUUAAAAGGAUUGUAAAGUAUAGAUUGUAUAGCUAUAGACAAAGGAGGAUUGAUUCCAAUAGCCAAGGUUUAAUGUGCAUGCUGCUAACUUGAUGUGUAAGCUGCUGCCGUGCCUCGUGCCUCAGUUUUUUUGUGAGGCUUUGUUUGUAAUUUGUUUGUUGAUUAAUGAGAACCCUUCUCCUUUGAUCAAAAAAAAAAAAAAAAAAAAAUUAAAAUCCCUAGAAAAUAUUCACUCUUCGUUGAGCCAGUUAUCGUGAUUUGUAUAUCAUUAGCAUGAUAAAUCUGACAACCGUACACAUGGGUAAUUUUAUGAUAGUAAUUCCAAUUUCCAAGCUUAUGGGAAGCUUCGUGGGUUCAGUUUUCAACCCAGUAAUGAAAAUGCUAACGGAAUAGUGUCAAAGAGAAAAGGGUGGGUGACCACACUCAAACUAUAAAAGGGAAUUUGGGGCUAUUUUCUCCACCAAUAGAGAAUGGAAUGGACCAGUUUGAAGAAACGAACAACAAGCACCCAUUUUUACAUAUUUUAUUUCCCACCAAAUAAAACCAAACGAAUCUCAUCUUCUCUGAUCAGAACCACAUUGUUUUCUGUCCAUACAAAUAUAUGUUAUUGUUUGUUAUAUCAGACCCCACAAACAUAAUUCCUGAAAUGGAUUCUCUUGUCUCUUCCCAUCACACUCAUUUACUUCAUCACUCUUUCAAUGGCGGCCUCCUCAGCCAUAACUCAGGCUGUUCCGCUCUCUUUUCCAAACCACCACUGCUCUAGGUUCUUUCUGCCAGGUGGUCUCUCUUCGGUGUCACGUUUUCGCACAAACCAUCCAAAAGCUUCGCUUGGUGUUGCUUUCAAUGGGGCCCGGACGUUAUCUCAUUUCUCAAAACGGGUGUCCCCUUCUGGGGCUGUUGGGUUCACCUCCAGUUCCAGGUUCUUGCAAAUGGGCUCUCGAGAAACUUGUUCUGGCAGAGAAAUUUCAGCCCAGUCUAGCGGUGCAGAGAGCAGUAGCACUUCCACAUUUUCACAAAAUGUUCUUAAGCUUGUACAUUUGAUUGUUUCACUUGGAUUGAUACUGGCAACGGACAAAUAUUUAAAAAAGGCAUUUGUGGCAGCAUCAAUUAAGUUCCCAAGUGCUCUCUUUGGGAUGUUUUGUAUAUUCUCCGUUCUAGUGAUUCUAGACACCAUUGUUCCGGCAGCAGCAGCAAGUGUGAUGAGCUUUUUUGAGCCAGCUCUAUUGUUCAUCCAGAGAUGGCUCCCAUUAUUCUAUGUUCCGUCUUUGGUUGUUUUGCCUCUCUCCGUCAAAGACAUUCCAGCAGCUUCUGGCAUCAAAAUUUCGUUGAUCACAGUUGGAGGUUGGUUUGCUACACUUUGUGUUGCAGGAUUUACAGCUAUAGCUGUAAGAAAACUGGUAAAAACAGAAAUGGUUGAUGCUGAGCCCAUGGCAAAACCCUCUCCUUUUUCUUCUAUUGAAACCUGGUCUUGGAGUGGGAUUCUGCUCAUAUCAUUUGUCAGUGCAUUACUAUACCCUACAGCGCUGGGCACAGGUGCUCGAACAUGCCUUCCAUUCCUUCUUGCAUCCACUGUUCUAGGCUACAUUGUUGGUUCAGGGUUGCCAUCAGGUGUGAAGAAAGUGUUCCAUCCAAUUAUAUGUUGUGCACUAUCCGCAGAUCUCGCAGCAUUGGCUUUUGGGUACUUUUCUCGGUCUGGACUUGAUCCUGUUCUAGGCUUUUACCUAACAAAGGUUUCAUCUGAUCCUGGAGCUGGGGAUGUACUGAUGGGAUUUUUAGGUUCUGUAAUUCUCUCGUUUGCUUUCUCAAUGUUUAAACAAAGAAAGCUGGUUAAGAGGCAUGCAGCUGAGAUCUUCACGUCUGUCAUCCUCUCAACAAUAUUCUCAUUGUAUUCAACAGCUCUUGUUGGACGUCUACUUGGGUUGGAACCGACCUUGACUAUAUCAAUUCUACCCAGAUGUAUAACUGUUGCAUUGGCUCUCAGUAUUGUGUCUCUGUUUGAAGGUGCCAAUUCAUCCCUGACAGCUGCUGUAGUUGUAGUAACUGGUCUCGUUGGGGCAAACUUUGUUCAAGCAGCACUGGAUAAACUACGGUUUCGUGAUCCUAUUGCUCGUGGUAUAGCAACUGCUUCUAGUGCUCAUGGGUUGGGCACAGCUGCCUUAUCAGCCAAGGAACCCGAGGCUCUUCCAUUCUGUGCUAUUGCUUAUGCUCUGAAUGGUAUCUUUGGCUCUUUGCUUUGCUCAAUUCCGGCAGUAAGGCAAAGCUUGAUUGCGAUCGUUGGGUAAACUAGAACGGCUGAUUCUUGAUUUUUGCUGCCUUGUCAUGAACGUUAUUUUAUUUGGUUAUGAAUGGAGGGUCGUCUUGCAUUGUGUACAUAAUAUAUAAUAUGAAGAAAACUAGUAUGGAAAUCAUUAUGACAUUUAUUAGACCAAGUUAAAUUCUUGUCAUUUUUUAUCCUCUUCGUGUACUUAUGAAUAACAACUGAAUAAGAAUCAGAUAAUUAUCUCAA